CAAAAACAUCUACUUCUGCUCUUUUCCUUCAAUUCUCACUGGCAGUUGCCACAGAUUACACAGUACAGUUAAGAUGAGCCAUAUUAUGGAAUCCUUCGCCACCGUCCCCCUCUCAAGGCUCGCAGUUUCUCCAACACAAGCUUGCAGGGAAACCAGAGCCUGUCCCUUCAGGCCAUGGAAGCAAAGAACUUCUCAGCCAACUCGCUUCCAUUGUCAAAAGAUGUAUGUUCCAGGGUUCGGAGAAGGAUCACCAGAAGCAAAAGCAGCGAAGCACCUCCAUAAUUUCUUCACAUACAUUGCUGUUCGAAUUGUCACUGCUCAGUUGCAGAGCUACAACCCCGAGGCAUACGAGGAGUUGAUGGAAUUCUUGGGCAGACACUCAGUGAAUGAUGGGGAUAAGUUUUGCGCCAACUUAAUGCGGGAAUCACCAAGGCAUAAAAAUCUAGCAAUCACAGAUGAAAGGACAAGAUUCUACAUGCGAUGCGGAUACUUGAGGUUAGAUCUGCAUAUUGCAAGAAUGAUUUUGAGUGGGACAAUUUGAAGCGAUUAUCCCAUAAGGUGGUUAAUGAAUCUAAUACAAGACUAAUGAGGGAUUAUGUCCGAGAAACCAGCCAUGUAGAAAGUGAAAAUUAAUUAUCCUUCUGAAGCUGCCUGCGCUUGGAAGCCGUAGAAUGUAAUGGUAUAUAUUGUUGUAUCAUCAAAAGAACUCGAAUUUAAACAAGCAUGUACAACAUCAAAACCUCACUUAAUAUAUUUAAACAGGCAUGUACAACAUCAAAACCUCACUUAAUAUACUCAAUUGGUACGUGUAUUACCUGUACUACAAGGGUAGAACAUUAAAUUUCACACCACUCCUGCAACAGCUUCCUAAUCUCUAGUUUGUUCAUGAUCCUGCAAAUGUAAAAAAUAACUUUGACAGCAGAUACUUCUGUUUGAAGAACUGAAGGAAGCAACUACCUAAAAGGAAACAGCACAGAGGACCAAUACACAGCAGUUUCCAUCUCAAUGGCUCACUUGCAUGCUCACAGGGAUGGAUUGGAUUGGCAUAUAGGUAGGUACAGAUUGGGGGUAUCCAAUACCACUAUGGUUUAGAUGCCAAUGGACAUUAUUUAAGACCAAAAGUUACCUCAACAAAGCAAGAGACAUCUGAGGUAGCGUGGAUAUGCCCUUUGCUGUAAUAUGACUGAGCAUUUUCUUCAAUGUUCUCCACCCUGCAUUUCAUUUAAAAUUUUUGGGUGUUGAUCUAGGCUUCAAACAGUUCUUUAUAAUGACUAAAGUCAUUCACAGCAAUAAUCAA